CACCAAUUCCAAAGAAUACAUUUAGAAAGAGAACACAAAAUGGGAAUGGGAAUGGGAAUUGUAACGGCAACACCACCUCUCCUCUUCCAAUCCAAGCUACUCUGCGUUUCUCUGCUCUGCCUCUUCACUACCAUCUUUCUAGCUCUCUACACUUCCCUCUCUCAAAACAAAUGCUUCUUCAGAUCAUCCCCUCGGGACCCAAUUCUCAUCCCUCUCUUCUCCUACCCUCCCUCUUAUGGCGAACACAAGUAUGCUCUCCCCACUCAUCGCUCUUCUUGUUCCUCCCCUGUCUUCUUCUCAGAUUAUUUAAUGGCGUUCAAGGAGGUCCAGGAUAUGUGUAAGAAUUCAUCGGUUUCUUCCUCAUCGGUUUUGAGUUAUAAGCAAGGCCGGGGUAAGAGUUUUGGUGGGAAUUUCUCUACUCCGACGAGAAUUUCUUAUUUUGAUCAUUCAAGGACAAACGAGAUACUUCCCUGUGGAUUCUUCAAAGACUUUCCAAUUACCAAUUCGGAUCGAAUCGCCAUGGAAAACUGCAAAGGAGUUGUGGUCGUAUCCGCAAUCUUCAAUGAUCAUGACAAAAUUCGACAGCCAAAAGGGCUCGGAUCUCACACUCUAGACAAUGUAUGUUUCUUCAUGUUUGUUGAUGACACAACCCUUAAACAAAUUCAUUACCACCACUUAAUUUCAAGGAAAUCAAUUGAAUAUAAAGUAGGCGCAUGGAGAGUUGUUAAGGUUGCAAGUCAUAAUUUGUAUGAGAAUCCAGCCAUGAAUGGUGUGAUUCCUAAGUACUUAGUCCACAGGCUUUUCCCAAAUUCCAAAUUCAGCAUUUGGGUAGACGCCAAACUGCAGCUGGUGGUGGAUCCUUUGUUGCUUAUUCAUUCUCUUGUUGUGUCUGAGAAUGUGGACAUGGCUAUAUCCAAACAUCCAUUCUAUAUGCACACUAUGGAAGAAGCUAUGGCAACUGCAAGAUGGAAGAAGUGGCUAGAUGUUGAUGGCUUGAUAACCCAAAUGGAGACAUAUUGUGAUCAAGGCUUGCAGCCGUGGAGUCAUAAGAAGCUCCCUUAUCCCACAGAUGUACCGGAUAGUGCUAUGAUCUUGAGGAGGCAUGGAGUGGCCAGCAAUCUAUUUUCCUGCCUUAUGUUCAAUGAAUUGGAGGCAUUUAACCCAAGAGAUCAACUUGCCUUUGCAUUUGUGAGGGACAAGAUGAAGCCAAAGCUGAAGAUAAACAUGUUCGAGGUUGAGGUGUUUGAGCAGAUCGCAGUUGAGUACAGGCACAACCUCAAAAGGUUUACGGGCGACAGUACUGUCAGAAAAUCAAAGACCAGUAAAAGAACGUUCAAUCAUUUGUUACUUAACAACACUUGUCGUAGUAGCAGCUGCAAUUCUUAUCUUUCAGAGAUGUGGGAUGAUGAAUCCCCUGGUUGAGAUUCUCUCUUUUGACUUCCACAGGAAAAGUUGACAGAAGUGAACAGCUUGGGUAGGCCACAUUUGUUUAUUUCAUCAUAUUCUUUGGGUGGGACAGGAUUUGUACUUUAUAUUUCUUAUGUAAGCUGCAUUGGCAUUAUUCAGAGGGAUAUUUAGGAUUAGAAAAACAGUAUAUAUAUAUAUAUAUAUG